AGGAGCAUUCACUUCCUCAUAAGCCCAGUGACCAAAAUACCGGUCUCGUUCGCGCCUUUGUUGACAACUCUAACAUUUUUAUCGAGGGAAAAUAUGCUAUUGCCGAAAAUGAAUGUCUGGGUCCUGACACUUUAAGAAACGCCCGGUGUUUUAGCGAUCUUUAUAUCGACUAUGGUCAACUUCUCGAAACAAUUCUGAAUGGACGAAAGCUGGGCGGAACGCCCAUCAUUGUUGGGUCAUGUCCACCACCAAACGAUGCACUUUGGGGGCAAGCUCGAGAGCAGGAAUUUACAGUACAUGUAUAUGAUCGAAAUCUUACAAAUCAAGAGAAGACGGUUGAUGUAGCAAUUGCACUUGCUAUAAACGAAGCAAUUUUCACUGCAGAUCCUG